AUGGGCCGUCCCAAGCUGUAUUUUACAGAAGAGGAUCGCAAGGAGGCGAGAAAGCGUUGGAAUGCUACGCACUAUGCAAGGACGGAAGACGCAAAGCUACUGGUCGAACUGGUAGAGUUUCGAAGACAAAAAAAAUCAGACAAACGUACCACAAAGUCAUAUCAACGCUCAGGACCAGUAGAGGUCAAGCAUGACUUGGAAAGCGACUAUCUACUUUGUAACAGAGACAAGAUAGACCUCGGCGAAAGACUCUUUGAAUGUGAGCUCGAAGAAAGUCUGCUGGAGCAGGCUUUGCUAGAGAAACUACAACAAAUUGAGGACUCUAAGCAACCAGAAGAAAAGCAAGCCUUCUAUAGGCACCUCUUGAGCCCGUCUCCCAUCCCGCGUCGCUCAUCCAGCACCCCACAGGCCUCUAAUCGAUUUACGGGCGCGUCGUUAAUGGCCCACCAUCCCUCAGAGGCAUUCAGCAGUCCGAUCUGGCCCUCGAGCGCUUCGUCCAGUCCGAGCAAUCACGGAGACGAGUGGCAGCCGAUGGUUCAGGAACCGAGUAGCAUUUGUGCUAUUCCGGGUCUUGAAUUAGAAGCCAACGGAGCGCCCUCGGGAACUUCGAUCUUGCCUCCGGUACCGAACGUGCAAGAUAGCGGAGAGAUCAAUGGCUGGAUAGGCAGACUCUGCGAGGAUUUUAUUCAUGCAAGGUCCGAUGCACAGAGAAAAAACUUGCUAGACAAGAUCAAUGCGGUAUACGAGGGUAUAGGCGAUGUUAUGGAUGACGCUGUACGCGUUCGUGGCUAUAGGAAUCCGUGGUCACAGCCAGCCAAGGAUGUUCGUUGGAUUGUCGACGUCAACUUGGCUGUCCAAGAAGUUUUGAUGACCAUGGUAUUUGAAGAUGCACCGGCUCUCGCUCUCCUUAACACAACCAAGUCCGAGGAUAAACUUAUGACAAUGGAGUCUUACAUGCAAGUCAUCGACUUUAACAACGCCAACUUCGUCGCACCUACCCAGAAGAAAAGGGGCCGAAAGUCCAAAUCGGGAACACCUCCAAACGACAACAACGUAGCGCCCACACCUACCACCGACUCGGUCACUGCCACCGCCGACUCGGUCGAAACUACCGACUUGGACAUAGCCACCGCCCCUGCCAAGAGGAAGAAGCGGUGGACCACUCCCGAACAGCUCCGGUGGCUCACUGAUCGCAUCCCCAGCUACGUCGAGGCUGUCACGGCGGAGACCACCGAAGACUUCUGGCCUGAGCUCUACGGCGAUUGGUUCAUCGACUUCCCCGAGAAACCGCAGUCUCUGAAGAACCUCAAUCCCGCUACUAUGUCAAAGCAGGAGCGCCUUGUGCAUCGCAGAGCCAUUGACAAGCGUAAAGAUCAACUGUACAGCUGGUUCCGAUGGCACACGAGGGACGACAUAACCUCUUCGCGUGCAAUUCACAGAGCCUCCACUCUCCUCGAUGCAAUAAUCGUCCCUCGCACACGCGCCCACUCGGACACAGAAAUCUUCACUAGGCUAUACUAUGACGACAUCGAGCGUGAGCUCGCCGACGAUCCCGACUACCCCGGUUCUGCCCAUCCCCUCCAUCUCCAGUUCGUCCGAAAGCACGCGAAGGCUCUCCUUGAAAAAGAGAAGGACAAUGAGGCCAUCAUGGGUGCCAUCCAAGGACACAAGGAUGCCGAGGCGGAUAUCAAAGCGAAGUUAGAUGCGGGGGAAGGAUUAGCAGAGAGUCCAGAGGUCCUUGCAACAAUUGCUAGGAACCUUCCCGACUCGUUUAGAGAGUUGAUGGCGCUCUCGUCUGAGAAGGUGACGAGCGGUCAUUGCGAUGGUGUGUUCUACUCCAUGAUCAUGGGCUGUCGCGACCCGGUGACUGGCAGAAUGACUGUGACAAGUGUCCAUCUUGGCAACGGCCCCAACGGAAAGAACUUUGAAAAGGACUCCACCCACUGGAGUAAGGUCAAAAAGGAGUUCAAUGAAUGGGUCCAAACUGCUACCCCGCCGAAACCUAUCUCUAAUCAGCAAAAGCAACCGACAGGUGGCAAUGAGAUACUCUGCACAAAGAGCGGCGGGAAGAAGAGGGAGCACGAGAGCAAGGAAGGUCAGAGCGAUGACGAACAGAGCAGCAGCGCUCUUUAUACAAUCACCGAACACCCAACCGGACCUGAAGACGCAAACAUGGCACGGACUGGCGAUUUCAGUCUUGCAACACCAGCUGCGUCCCUGCCCAACCCGGGUACCACAUCGAUCACAACAACUGGAGGUGAUGAGCUGGUAUUCACGCAAUGUGAGCCGCAGCUCAUUGAUCAAUCGGCCGAGCAAGUCUACACGACGGACCUCACCGCCGACUUCACUUGUCAGGAUCUAUCGACGCUGUUCGUUGCCUCUCAAGAGAGCUCGCGUCAGCACCCGCCGACAUCAUACGGUGCCUCCGAUAUAAGUACGCAUCAACAGGGACCCCCGACGUCCUUCAUCGCCUCUGAUGCGAGUGCGCAUCAAUACCCGCCGGCGUCUUUGAUCACCUCCGAUGCGAGUGCGCAUCAAUACUCGCCGGCAUCUUUGAUCGCCUCCGACGCGAGCGUACACCAAUACCCGCCGGGGUCCUUCGUCGCCUCCGAUACAAGCAUGUACCAUUACCCAGCGACAAGCUUCAACCCCUAUAACAUCAACAUGCACCAAUGCCAGCCGACGUCGGCGGUUGCUUAUGGCUCCAGCGUUCCGGACACUACAGCAGAACUUGACUGGUCUUGGCUGGACGACAGCAGCUUCUCGAGUCUUCUCGCAGACACCGGUCUGGCUCACGGAAACGACCUGUCUAAUUACUCGGAAUUGCCACCAAACACCCCCUUAUCUCUUCAGCCCUCGUUCACUCCUCCAGCCGCUAGCCCUUUAGUAUGGCAACAGGAGAGCGUCCAACAGGCGGUCUUGCCAGCGGUUAUACUGUCUGAUGUCGCCCAUCCCUCAUCCUCAUCAUUGUCUGCCCUUCCUUCGCCUCCUCAGUCCUCGCCAGGUCCGGCAGCGUCUCCGUCGCUACAUGUACCAGAGUCGACAUGUGGCUCUCUUUCUGUACACGGCGCGGGUGCUGUUGUUGAGGCACCAAUGGAACACAGUGAAGGCGCGGAGCCCAAUUUGUACCGGCGCUCUCGGCGCCCUUUGAUGCCCAGCAAGCAAAACGAGAUAAAUAAUAGGAUCGGGGACGCGACCACCUCCACGAAGGCCAAACGGGGCGCUGAAAAUAUUGAGCAAGGUUCCACCAAAAAGUAA